GUUACUUUCUCUGCGGCCCCAUAAAGGCACAGAUGUGAAGAGGCAGCUGAAGUGCAUGAAAAAAGGGGUUGGCAAAAGGACAUAAUUAUUUGAAUUUUGAAAUCAUUCUGCUGAAACUGCAAGGUCUCUGCACCUUGACAAAUCCACGUACUGACAAGUCUCUAGAGGGAGUCUCCUCUACUACAGGCUACCAUGGCAAAGAGAGUUGCAGUUAUUGGAUCAGGUGUGAGUGGACUGACCUCCAUCAAAUGCUGUCUGGAUGAGGGACUUCAGCCAACCUGCUUUGAGAGAAGUGAUAAUAUCGGGGGACUCUGGAGAUUCACGGAAAAGGUGGAAGAAGGAAGGGCCAGUAUCUACAGGUCCGUGAUCACCAAUUCCUCCAAGGAGAUGUCAUGCUUCAGUGACUUUCCAAUGCCUGAACACUUUCCAAACUUCUUGCACAACACCAGAUUCCUGGAAUAUUUGAAACUAUAUGCAAAGCACUUUGAUCUUCUGAAGUACAUCCAAUUCAAGACCACAGUCAUCAGUGUAAGAAAAUGUCAGGAUUUCUCUACCAUUGGUCAAUGGAUUGUUAUCACUGAGAGCAAUGGAAAGCAGGUAUCAGCUACAUUUGACGCUGUUAUGGUCUGCAUUGGUCACCAUAUAGAAUCCUAUGUGCCGUUGCAGUCUUUUCCUGGAAUCGAAAAGUUCAAGGGCCAAUAUUUCCAUAGCCGGCAGUACAAAACCCCAGAAGGAUUUGAAGGGAAGACCAUUUUGGUGGUUGGCAUGGGGAACUCUGCAUCAGAUAUAGCAGUGGAACUCUGCCAGAGAGCCACACAGGUGUAUCUCAGCACCAGAGGAGGUUCAUGGGUAAUGAGCCGUGUAUAUGACAAUGGUUACCCUUGGGACACAGUAAUUCACACACGAUUUAGUAACCUCAUCAGAAGUUCCCUCCCCUGGACCCUUUUGAAAUGGGUGACAGAAAAAAAGAUGAAUGAAUGGUUUGACCAUGAAAACUAUGGCCUUGUGCCUCAAAACAGAGCCCUGAUGAAAGAACCAGUAUUCAAUGAUGACUUGCCAAGCCGUAUCCUGUGCGGCAGUGUGGUGGUGAAGCCUAUCGUGAAGGAGUUUACUGAAACCUCUGCCAUCUUUGAAGAUGGAACUGUAAUGGAGAAUGUUGAUGUUGUCAUCUUUGCAACAGGAUACAGUUUCUCUUUCCCCUUCCUUGAGGAGUCUGUCAUUAAAGUUGAAAACAAUCAAGCCCCUCUGUAUAAACAUGUCUUCCCUCCUCAACUGGAAAAGCCAACACUGGCUGUCAUCGGGCUUAUACAACCUCUUGGGCCUAUCAUGCCAACAGCAGAACUGCAGGCUCGCUGGGCCACAAGAGUCUUCAAGGGGCUGAGUGUACUGCCAUCAGAGAACACCAUGAUGACUGACACUCUCAAGAGGAGAGAGAAAAGGAUUCAGUGGUUUGGUACCAGCCGGAGCCAGACUCUGCAAACGGAUCAUAUUGAGUAUCUGGAUGAGCUUGCAGAAGGCUCUGGUGCAAAACCGAAAAUCUUUUCACUACUUCUGACAGACCCCAGGCUGGCCUUGUUAAUUUUCUUUGGCCCCUGCAGUCCAUUCCAGUUCCGCUUGACUGGCCCAGGGAGGUGGGAUGGAGCCAGAAAUGCAAUCCUGACUCGCAAGGAGAGGAUUAUCAAACCCACAAAAACUCGAGUUGUGCGCAGUUCCUCAAAUCAUUCCUCAGUCUCCUAUUUGCUCAUGAUGCUUGGUCUUCUGGCUGUCUUGAGUGCUGUUUUCUUUGGCUUCCAGCAAUCCUAAUAUCUUUAUACAAGUAGGUUCUCACAGAUGUAACAUACUGCUCUUUCCUAUACAGAAUUCUUGCCUUUCAAAAAUAACAGCUUCUUUUCCAUGUAGCACCCUGUGGGGCUUAUUCUGAGAGGUGCUGAACAUUUCCAGCUUCUGGAUGGCUCCAGUGAAUAUUGUGGGGACUCAUCAUUGCCAUUUUAGUUCAGAUUAGGUGAUUGAACCUCUUCAGUGAAGCUAUGAAUUGAGAUUUUUCAAAACAGACUGAGGAAGUUAGCUAAGCCACUCCCAUUUAAAUUGGGAAAAUCCUUUUGUCAGCCUAACCUUAUUCUGUAGGUUUGAGUUUUAUUCCAAAGCGUAUAACUACUCAGUGCACAAGCAGUACCACUUAAAUGAUGCUAAUAUAGUUAUAUCAGUAGAUGAUGUAUUUUUACUAGCACAAAGGUGACUUGUACCAGGACAGUUUAUGUCCUUAAGAGAAGGAACACUAUAUCAGUAUAAGCACUUAAGUACUGAUAUAGCGGCAUACACACCAGCUCGUGUGCUGGUAUGCAAUAACUCUUUCCAUUAUAAAAAAAAAAAAAAAAAAGCGCUCCUCUGACCAACAUCGUUAAUCCAGUGCAAAAUGAUGCGUCUGUGGACUAGCCUGUAGUGUAAUACUAUUUUCAUUUCCCAAAAUAUCUAUUUGUUAUUUAAGGUAAAAUUUGGAAUGAAAAUAGGAGCAUAAGGCCAAACAGUUUUUCAUAAGCAAACAAUUAUAAUACAAAGCCCUCACUCUCUGAAGUGUGAUAUGCUCUUCACCACAACCAGAAAAAAAUUUGUAUCUCUACAUUUAUCUUAUAAUCUAGAGUUAAACCAGAAAUGGAACCUUACUGAGCUCCAGUAAAAAAGAAAAAAAGGCAUAACAGGGCAUCUGGAUGGACUGGGCAGUGGUGACCCUGGCUAUUAUUUUUGCCCUCUUCCCUUCCUCUUCCUGGCCUAGAGGAGGUGAUAAACAACCCUGCAGAGUCCUGCAGUUGUGAGUCUGGAUGGAAAACCCCAGAGACCUCGGGUGCAGCAGGAAGAGGAAGCGAGUACACAGCCCAUGCUGGCUAUGUGCCAGAGAGCUGUGCUGUAGCGCCCCACUGGCUUCUAGCCUGAGUCACUGCAGACAUGUGGCUGCAUUUCUGGAAGCAAAAGUGAAUUUCUGUCUAGUUGUUUCUCAGUUUAAUCUGUGCAUCUUAAACUAAUAUGCAAAGACUGAAUUGAUUCAGCAUUGGGCUUUUUGACUAUCUGUACUUAGCCCUGCAGUCAAAGGUGCCUAGUGAAAAAGACAGGGUGGGACUUUUUAAAGCAUUCCACUUUGUUUCCUUCUUUGCCCUGUAGCUAUUAGUAAAACUUUCUUUCCUUUUUCAAAAUGGCUUCUCAGAACUUUGAAAUCAUGGGAUGGAGAUCUAGGUAAGACUGAAGCCCAAAACGCAGUCAACUCUUAUUAGCUUGAUUUGUCCUAAAAUACUUCCUUGAGCAACAUGCUAUGCAGCUCUUCAAUACUUGGACAAGACCUUCGGGGGGGAAUGACAAAGUAGUAUGUCAGCCAAAUGCAUAGCAAGGAUGUCUGUAUCAGACUACAAGACUAAAAUUCCUGUGAACUGUCCUAGCCUCUUUAAAGUUGACAGCUACCUGGGCUGCUGAUGAACUUGCCUUUUAUUUACUAAUUAAAGGAUACAAUAAAAAAUCAGCAAGAUAAAAACGAGCAUCUCAGCUAGCGUAAAUCACCAUAGCAAAAUUGCAUUGAAGUUCAGGCUGAUUUACUUCAAUAAGGACUCUGGUUCAAAGACUACAGUAAAAGCUAUAUUUUUAUGAGUGUUGUAGUAGUGAUGUUCUAGUCAAGGUUGAGACGGGAGGUUUAUUUCAGUACAAAUGUAUGUCUACAGUUGCUCAUAAAGUGACAACAUUCCUUUCACCUUGAAAUGUUGUAGUGUUAAUUCAGUUUGAAAACCUUUUUGCAAAGGUGAGAUUGUGGCAGUCUGGGGAUGUUUUGAAAGACAGGAAUGUAAAACAUGGGCCCAAAUGAGUCCAAGAUACUCAAGAAGUUGAAAUGCUUUGUUUUUGAAGUGAAAAGGAAGAGUGGUUAAACAUUACUGAAGAGUGCACUUGCUUUAAACAAGCUCAUUUUAAAAUUGAUAUCUGCACCUGAUGAUGUAAGUAUAUUUUAUCACUUUUUUGCUGCUGAAAACUCUGACUUAUUUUCAACACCAUGAAUAUUACCAAAGAACACUGAUUUCAAAGCAUUUGCUAUUUAUGAUUAUUUGCUUACAGCUACUAUCUUCAAUAAAAUGCUCACUGGCUUUGAUAACUGCUGCCAUUUAUGCCACUUUUAUCAUAUCUGAAAGGAGGGACACAGAGAGAAUACUAGGUUAUGUUCAGAAGAGGGAGGAGAGAAAAGUGUUAAAGACCUUCCUAAGUGCUACAUAUACAUAUGCAUAUGGGGCUAGCAAAAUUAUGCAUAGAUUCUCUUUCAUAUCUUUUACAAGAAACAAACCAAAGCACAAACAAACCUUCCCCCCACCUUUUGCAAAUCACUGUCUUGGCCAAGGAAUGGGUAAUGCAUUUGUUAGUUUCAUCCUUUUUUGCCGUCAUAAUUUAAAGAGCUUCAACGUGAUUUUUUUUUUUUUUAUUCUACAUUCUUUUGAGACUUUAAAACUUUCAAAGGGAGGAAAGUAAGAACAGUGUCUACAGCAACACUGCCCUUGUCCAUGCAGCAGUUUAUACCAAAUGAAGGUGCAAAUUUAAAUCAAGUUAGUGAAAAUGAUGCAAGUUUCUGUUUGGAAGUUUUUACUUGUUUUAAGACUAGCUUAUGCUUUAUUUAGUUUAAAUGGUUUAGGAAGAUGUUUAAAUGAACCUAAGUCGGACAGCUAACUGAAACAAGGUGUUUGCACUGGCUUAGCUAAACCAGUUUUGAUUAAACCAAUGCAAAUUUGUACUUUAACUCUGCUUUAACUCUGAUACUUGUACAUUUGCAGUAAAAUAAGGGGGUUAACUAUAAGUUCCCCUGAUACCAAGCAAUUAUCUUUAGAAAUAAGC